AAACAAACCCUUCAGCAAUUGAGCUUGCAGAGACUGCUCUCAAAAGGGGCUUCAAUUUUUUCAUCACCAGUCAGGAAGGUUGGUAGCUUUCAGUGGCUCUGUUGUGGAUGACAUUAGGUAUUGUCACGAAGCGUAUGGUGUCAGGUUUUGGGUUGUUGCUGUUAUUAGUACUCUUCAGCGAUAACGAAAGGUAGUGAGGAUGUCGUGUUUUAUUGAAGCUUGUAAUUUACAAGUUCGCCGUGGGAUUGAUGUGUCUGUAUCAUGUAGAUGUUCAUCUUGGAAUUGUUGUGUCCCUAGCCAGGAAACGACCUGACCAUCACGGGACAAACAUUGGCCCUGGAAUAUUCCAUCUCUGAUUCUUUGGAAUUAAAAUUGUUUUCUUUAGGCCAAACUGAGAAUCCAAAUGGACAUUUCUUUUAAAAUGUUGUCUGGUAGUCUUUGUAGGUACAUUCAAGAUUCAAAUCUUCACUCAACACUUAAAAAAAAUUACAUUUUUGU